CCGACUACUCGGAGGACGUGGAACACUACAAACAGGAACUUUAAAGGGAAUGAAAUCUGUUGCCUGUUCCACUAGGAAUAUUGUUUGCAAGGCACAAGGUGUCUUUUGGUAGUGAGCACCCUCUGCGCAUGCGCAGGUCCUUUCGGGAAUUACUGCCCUGCCGCCGACUAAGUUGCAUUCCUUGAAUCUUCGCAGGAAAGACAAUUCUUUAAUCAGAGUUAGUAAUGUGGACAGUACAAAAUCGAGAGAGUUUGGGGCUUCUCUCUUUCCCUGUGAUGAUUGCCAUGGUCUGUUGUGCACACAGCGCCAAUGAGCCCAGCAACAUGUCAUACGUGAAAGAGACAGUGGACAGAUUGCUCAAAGGAUAUGACAUUCGCUUGCGGCCGGACUUUGGAGGGCCCCCUGUGGACGUAGGGAUGCGGAUCGACGUCGCCAGCAUAGACAUGGUCUCCGAAGUGAACAUGGAUUAUACACUCACCAUGUAUUUCCAGCAGUCUUGGAAAGACAAAAGGCUUUCUUAUUCUGGAAUCCCGCUAAACCUCACGUUAGACAACAGGGUAGCUGACCAACUCUGGGUGCCAGACACCUACUUUCUGAAUGACAAGAAAUCAUUUGUGCAUGGGGUUACGGUGAAAAAUCGAAUGAUCCGACUGCAUCCUGAUGGAACGGUUCUCUACGGACUCCGGAUCACAACCACAGCUGCAUGUAUGAUGGAUCUACGAAGAUAUCCUCUGGAUGAACAGAACUGCACUCUGGAGAUUGAAAGUUAUGGCUAUACCACUGAUGACAUUGAGUUUUACUGGAAUGGAGGAGAGGGAGCAGUAACUGGAGUUAAUAAAAUUGAGCUUCCUCAGUUUUCAAUUGUCGACUACAAGAUGGUGUCCAAGAAAGUGGAGUUCACAACUGGGGCAUAUCCACGACUGUCACUAAGUUUUCGUCUAAAGAGAAACAUUGGUUACUUCAUUUUGCAAACCUACAUGCCUUCCACACUGAUUACAAUUUUGUCCUGGGUGUCUUUUUGGAUCAACUAUGAUGCAUCUGCAGCCAGAGUUGCACUAGGAAUCACCACCGUGCUGACAAUGACAACCAUCAGCACUCACCUCAGGGAGACCUUGCCAAAGAUCCCUUAUGUCAAAGCGAUUGAUAUUUACCUGAUGGGUUGCUUUGUGUUUGUGUUCCUGGCUCUGCUGGAAUAUGCCUUUGUAAAUUACAUCUUCUUUGGAAAAGGCCCUCAGAAAAAGGGAGCUAGCAAACAAGACCAGAGUGCCAAUGAGAAGAACAAACUGGAGAUGAAUAAAGUUCAGGUCGACGCCCGCGGCAACAUUCUGCUCAGCACCCUGGAAAUGCGGAACGAGACGAGCGGCUCGGAAGUGCUGACGGGCGUGAGCGAGCCCAAGGCCGCCAGCAUGUACUCGUACGACAGCGCCAGCAUCCAGUACCGCAAGCCGCUGAGCAGCCGCGAGGGCUACGGGCGCGCGCUGGACCGGCACGGCGCGCACAGCAAGGGGCGCAUCCGCCGGCGCGCCUCGCAGCUCAAAGUCAAAAUCCCCGACUUGACUGAUGUGAAUUCCAUAGACAAGUGGUCCCGAAUGUUCUUCCCCAUCACCUUUUCUCUUUUUAACGUCGUUUAUUGGCUCUACUACGUACACUAA